CUGAGUAAACUUACACUCUCGUAUAAUAACUUGCAAAUCAUACGAAAGACGUAAAUCACACUAGGCUAACUAUGUGUGACAAUCUCGAAGCUAGCGACUGUUGGCAAGGAAUUCGAACUUGGAUCAAUUAACAAAAGCUCACUUCCUCCAACCGGGAGGCCAUCCCUUGCGGGACCAAUUCCAUUAUUAUUAGUUGUAUAUAACAAGGACGAAGGACACAACAAAACGGCAGGCGAACCUAAACUAAUUAAUUAGUGCCAAAUUAGCUCCCGCACACACACACAUAUACAAUCUUGUCAUCUUCUUGUGCAGCUUCAGAAAAACACACACAAACACACACACACAGAGUUAUAAGGAUCGAUGGUGAUGAGAAAGGAUUUGGCGACGGGCAUGAACGCGAGAACGAUAGGUUCGGGGAAAGGAACGAUAGUUCUGGCACAUGGCUACGGCGGAGAUCAGUCGAUUUGGGACAAGAUAGUGCCUGAGUUGGCUGGAAGCCACCGCGUGCUUGUGUUCGACUGGUGUUUCUCCGGUGCCGUGAAAGAUCCAACGUUGUACGAACCGGCAAAGUACGGUUCAUACGAUGGUUUUGCAGAUGACUUAAUCAGUCUUAUUGAUGAGUUACUAAUUAAUAAGGUGGACGAAUCUUCAUCAUCUUCAUCGUCAUCAGUAUAUUUUGUGGGGCACUCAAUGUCAGCUAUGAUUGGAUGCAUUGCUUCCCUCAAAAGGCCUAAUCUCUUCCAAGGCCUCAUCCUUGUUGGAGCUUCUCCCAGAUUCAUAAACUCUGAAGACUACGAAGGGGGGUUUGAGAUGUCAAACAUAGAACAACUAUUUUCAAGCAUCGAAUCCAACUUUGAAGAGUGGGCUACAAACUUUGCUUCUCUUGUGGUUGAUUCAAGUGACCCUCUUUCGAUUGACAAGUUUGAAAAGUGUUUGAAAAAAAUGAGACAAGAAGUUGCACUUUCAUUGGCUAAAACUGUUUUCCUGAGUGAUUGUAGGGAUAUUCUUGAUAAAGUUGUGGUACCUUGUCACAUCAUUCAAACUAGAAACGACGCCGUUGUACCAAGCUCCGUCCCGAAGUACAUUCAGACCAAGAUUAUGAAUGGAAAAUGCCACGUGGACAUUAUCGACACAGAUGGUCAUUUUCCUCAACUCACUGCUCACACCCAAUUUCUUGAGGUGCUUUUUAGAAUUUUAGUUUCUUAAUUAAUUCAUUUAUGUUUGUUGCCUUUUCAGUUUGAUUGGCAUACCAUACCAACUUAUUUUGUGUUAUAUAAGCGUUGGUUUGAUGAUUUGUGCAAGCUUUUCUGGUUUUCUUUGGUUUGGAUGUUUGAUUGUAAGAUUAUAUUGUGGUUUGACGAUAUUGUUGAUUUUAUAUAUAAUAAAUGUAUGGGUGGAAUAUUGC